AGCACGCUUGCGCAGUAUGUCCACUGGCUCGGAGUCGGUGCUGAAGUUGGGCGGAUGGAAGAAAAACACCGCCGAUGGAGAUUAUAAGGCAGGAUGCAUCUUUACUGUGCGAUUUAACAAGCAUCAACAUAAAACACGUAUAAAUGAACCACUACAGAAUACUGACAACCAGAAUUAAAAGGAUGGUAUAUUUUUGCUCCCCUUGCACGCAACACUGCAAAUGGUCCACCCACUGAGUCCCUGAGCUCUGCUGAGACCCAGGGCGGAGACUGCUGUCCUCCUCAUCCCUCCUCACCACCUGGCCCUCCAUCAGUGAUGGUGAGAACAACGAUACUACUCUGUAGACACACCCUAGUGCAACCAACCAUUUACCUCAGCGCCAUGACUCUCCUGCCGUGUCUGUCUGUGGAAACAACUGACUAAUUCUCAUGCCCCGAAGUUUAAGCGGAGUUGACAUGAGAAAACGGCAGCAGCCACACAUUGAAGGACGUCCCCAGGCGCCUGGCCACCCACGACCCAACAACUGCUGCAUGUGCUGGUGUGGUUGUUGUAAAUGCCUCUGGAAUGAGGACCGCAUGGAGGGUUCCGAACGGACAUGCACUAAAAUGGAUAGUAUUGAAGCUACGGAAGAGCAGCAACCCACUCUAGACGAGGUGGUGGCUUGGGCCCGUAGCUUCGAGCUGGUGAUGCGCUCCUCAGAAGGCAGGGAGAUUUUCCGAGAAUUUCUGCGCUCUGAAUACAGCGAAGAGAACCUGUUGUUCUGGCUGGCCUGUGAGGAGCUGAAGAAGGAGACGGACCCGACAGCGAUCGAUGAGAAAGCCAGGAUCAUCUAUGAGGACUACGUCUCCAUUCUAUCACCGAAAGAGGUGAGCCUAGAUUCACGGGUGAGGGAAGGCAUCAACCUGAGCCUGGCGGAGCCUAACAACGUGAUGUACGAGGAAGCCCAGCUGCAGAUCUACACCCUGAUGCACAGAGACUCCUACCCCCGUUUCCUCAACUCCUCUGUUUACAGAGACCUUCUGGACAGCAAGAGAAGCUCCUGCCUAGACACCUAAAGUAACUCACCCCCCAACAAACAAAACAGAAAGACAAUCAGGUGCCAGAACUGGGUUAGAUAUUUUCCUUUUUUGAAAACCAGAAAAUAAUGAAUAGUUUAAGCAAUUUAAAUUGUCUGCUCGCAGGUGGCCCUGAGGGUUAGUUCCUGGUUUAACUGCAGACAAGAGCUCCUCAGGCUACUGUUACAAAGACAAACAAAAGGAAGGGUAGACCCAUUGUUCCUGUACUGUACUUUUGAGAGUUCUCCUUUUGCUCGCUCUCUUUCAUUCUCUCUUGUUCUCUAUUUUUCUCUCUCAAAUUCUGUCCCAUG